AUGCAGUUCGCUACUUUCCUCUUGGCCGCCCUCCCGGCCACCACCAUGGCCUUCCCCGGCCUCUUCCGCCGUGAGGAGCCCUCCAACAACGUCGCCAAGCGCGACUCCUGGGGCGGCGCCGUCUCCCUCGGCCCCACCACCUCCACCAUCAUCAACGCCGUCACCUACCUGACCCCCGGCGCCGCUCCUCCCACCCAGGCUGGUGUCCUCUUCCUCUGGCCCGGCAUGUCCAACGGCACCGGCAACCUCGUCCAGACCACCCUCGAGUCGUGGCCCGACAACAGCUGGUGCGGUGCCGUCGCCGGCGAGUGGUGCGUCCGCGCCUCCGUCUUUGGCUCUUUCGGCCAGAUCGACAGCACGACCUCUGCCCCCGUCAAGGGAACCCAGAAGAUCAAGAUCGAGUACGACCUCCUCGACGACAACGACACCUGGCGCCAGACCGUCACCGACACUGCCACCAACAAGGUCAUCAGCACCCUCGACCACAAGGACGGCCCCUUCAUGAGAGGCUACGGAACCGGCACCGAGUGCAACGACGGCUGCACCGGCACCAUUGCUGAGCAGAUCUACUCCGACACCACCAUCACCCUCUCCAGCGCCGAUGCCAACUUUGGCAAGACCAUUGGUGUCAGCCAGGGUGCCACCUACACCGGACUCGCUGCCAGCAACGGCAACAAGGUCUGGAAGAUCGCCACCAUCAAGGUCCCCAAGAUGCAGUAA